AUGACCCGAAACACGUCCAUUGGCGCCAAACAUACUAUCCCCAAUGCUCCCACGCGAACUAUACUGCCCCUGCCCGCCGAGGUGAUCGCCCAAAUCAAGUCGUCGACGGCAAUUGUCUCGCUUACGGGAGUUGUGCUGGAGCUCCUGAAGAAUUCCCUGGACGCGAAAGCGACCAAGGUAGAAGCCGCGAUUGACUUCGCGCGCGGCGGAUGCUCGGUCGAAGACGACGGUCUCGGCGUAUCUCCCCUCGAGUUUCGCGAAGAAGGAGGCCUGGGCAAGCUCUACUGCACGUCCAAGUACCAUGCGACGGAACCUCUCCUUGGCCGCAAUGGCACCUUCCUCGCGUCGCUCGCUGCUAUGUCACUCCUGACCAUCUCCUCGCACCACUACCAACACCGUUCACAUAACGCGAUAACGUUCCACCAAUCCAAGGCCGUGGAAAGGCAACUUCCGGCGUCGGCGCAUCACGAGAUAUCAGGCAGGCAUGGCACCCGCGUCACCGUGCGGAACUUGUUCGGCAAUAUGCCCGUGCGCGUGAAGCAACGGUCGAUAAUUUCAGAGCAAAGAGCCGAACACGACAGACUCUGGGAUGGGUUGAAGAGGGACGUAACGGGUCUCUUGCUCAGUUGGCAGCGUCCGAUUGCUAUUCGAAUACGGGACGGUGACAACAGGGUGGUGCUCAGUCUCAGCAUAUCCGGCGCGGAAGCAGCCACAAAGAGAAAAGAAAGUGAGAUUGCGAAGCCACGAUCGGCACAGCUCUCAUCACUCCUCAACGUAUUGACCCAGGUCAACUACAUCACCGUCGAUGAGUGGGCGUCGUGGGUACCAGCGUCGGCUUCCACAUCUGCCAUCUCGAUUAAGGGCGCUAUAUCACUAACUCCAGCACCCAGCAAGCAAGUUCAGUUCAUCUCGCUGGGCAUACGACCGCUUUCUGCGGAGGCCGGUCACAACGAACUUUUUGAUGGAGUCAAUCGCCUCUUCGCAUUGUCCAGCUUUGGUACUAUCGAGGAAGAUGCCGACGUCGAUGAGCAGGAGAAAAUUCGACGGCAGACAGACAAGCGCUUCAAGCAGGAUGGCUAUACAAACAAACAGCUCAAAGCACGCAAAGACGUCGACAGAUACCCCAUGUUUCACCUUCGCAUCUCGUUGAAGGAGGCUCGCAGGAGAAGCGUUUCCGAAGAUCAGUUCAUCGGAGAUGAAGCGAACCUACAGAACGUGAUGAAGGUCCUGGAUGCAAUGGUAACUCAAUGGUUGUCGGUCCAUCACUUUAGACCCCGGCAUCCUCGUAAGAAGCGCGAACGGCCUGGUACUGCUUCUAGCGCUGCUGAGGACGCUGCUGUCAACACGCCAUUCACGGAAAGCCCCACAACUAACAUGGCUUUUCGAGGACACGAUACAAGAGUGCGCUCGGCAACACCAAAGCAAAGCUCAACUCCGUCACAGUCUCUCAAGAGAAAACGCCCAGAAAAGAUAUCGUCACGCGAGUUGGUCGACAGGUCUCGCUCCGGGGCUUUUGCAGAGUGGUCACGCAUCAAGAGUGGAAAGCCCGAGUUCUUCAGCAGCACUCUGAACGUGCCGAAAUCCAAGGCCGCAUUCGAUACUUCACAUGGCGCAAACUCCGAAGCCAUCGCCCACUUUGAUGUAGGGCCGCUAGCUCAAGGUGCUCUGAGCGGACAAGAACAGCGCGACGAAGUUUCGCUGCCUGCACAGAGCCUGGAAACCGAUAACAAGGAGAAUGACGAUAUCAUCUUGUGGACAGAUCCAACGACUAAGAAGACGCAUCUACUGAACGCUAGAACAGGUUGCGUAGUACCUGACGCUCGGUCGCGGCCAAGUACCGACUCAGCUUUGCUUUCGGGAUCGAUAUCCCAUAACACAUCGAGCAGGUCCAUGCGAUUACCGACACGGGCUGCGACGGCUGUGGCUGGCAAGACCCCCUGGCUCGAUGAUGUACUAGACACGUGGGAGAACCCAGUCUUCAAGACAAGCGAGAAGCGUAUACAACAAGCUGUAUUGCACGCAGAUGAGGCUGAUCACGGACACCAUCAUUCCAGACAUGGUUGUUCUCGCAUCGAUAUCGACAGAGCUUUCAACCAAACUUCAUCGAGCGGCUCGAGUAGACUGUCAAAAGAAGGGCUGCAUGACGCGCAAGUCAUUGCGCAGGUCGACAAGAAGUUUAUCAUAGUCAAGAUGCAAGAUUCAACACGGGAGGAAGAUGCGCGCGCGGGACUCCUUGUACUAAUCGAUCAGCAUGCAGCAGAUGAGCGUGUGCAGGUUGAGUCGCUCCUUCGCCAGCUUUGCAGCCCGCUUCAAGGUGAAGAAGGGUAUCGGUCAAAGCUCGGCCAUCAGGCGCAGGUUGCCUCCGUCGUUCUGGAUAAGCCAACGCAAUUCGCAAUCUCUCCGCAGGAACGAGCACACUUCACAACGCAUGCCGCGCGUUUUGCAGCAUGGGGUAUUCUCUAUGACAUCGUCCAGACGACAGUAUCUGCAUCUCUUCCUAGCACUGCCGACAAGGACAAGUAUGUCUUGUCCGUCACAGCUCUUCCAACUGGUAUAUCCGAACGAUGUAAAGCCGAUCCCAAAGUCCUAAUCUCUUUCCUCCGCUCAACAGUCUGGAAAUACGCCGAAGAAUCACGUCUCCCUCCUCUACCCACACCAUCCAGCUCAUCAGCAAAUGACCCCACCGACUGGGUCAGACGUCUAGCCACCUGCCCGCCGGGCCUCAUUGCUCUCGUCAACUCCCGCGCUUGUCGCUCGGCCAUCAUGUUCAAUGACGCUUUGAGUAUCGAUGACUGUAAGGCUUUAGUGAGGAAUCUGGCCGGCUGUGUCUUUCCGUUCAUGUGCGCGCAUGGCCGGCCUAGUAUGGUGCCACUUAUCGAUCUUGGAGGAUUGGGUGAAGGAGCUGGUGGCUUGGGCGGGCGCGAUGAGGCGGCAGAGAAGGUGGGUUUUGUAGAUGCUUGGAGGCAGUGGAAGAAAUGA